AUGACCACCAACACUGCCAUCAGUAAUACUGUAAAUACUAUUAAUAAACAACCGAUUUAUUUCUUAUCGCAUGGAGGACCAACUUUUCUAGAUGAAAAUGAUGAAUUUGGCUCAAAUAAGGGGGCAUUCAGAACCACAAGAAAAAUUGGUGAUGAAAUUAAAAAAGUUCUGAAUCCAGAUUAUAUAGUUGUUUUAUCUGGCCAUUGGCAAGCCUAUCCGGAAUCACAACUGUCUUACAAUAAAAAGGAUGCAAAGUUUAAAUAUGGUGGUAUUUUUGGAAAUAAAAACAAUAACCAUGUGCCAUUAGUGCAAGUCGCUACCCCUGCUGAAUUAUUAAAUAAAAUCGCGUCUUGGGAAGAAAUGGAAAAUGAAUUUGCUGAAAAUAAGUUGAUUUACGAUUUUUAUGGAUUUCCCGACUAUUUGUAUAAGGAAACUUUUAAAAGUGUCGUUUCCACAAAUGUUUUGGCCCGUAUAAGAAAAGUAUUUGAACAAUAUAAUUUAAAGAAUGGCGUUUCAGAUAAAAGGAUCGAUGUUGAAUUUGUCAGGAGGGAUAUUGACCAUGGUGUUUGGGUUCCCCUCAAAGUAGCUCAGUUAGAUGAUUUACAUAAAAUGGGGGGAAAUUCGAUUGGUAGUGGCAGCAAUAAUGCUCCAAUUCCUAUUGUUCAAAUGUCCUUAUUAGCGGACAAUUCAUUUUCAGAUCAUUUCUAUAAAUUAGGAGAUAUUAUCAAAUUGCUAAGGAAGGACAAUGCAAUGGUUAUUUGUUCUGGUAUGUCUGUUCACAAUUUGGGAGAUCUGAGAUACAUUUACAUGGAUACAAAUGGUAACAAAUUCCCAUAUGUUUUAGAAUUUAAUAACUAUUUGCAUGAUUUAAUAUUAAAUGAUAAAUUUGAAUUAAGUGUACAAAAAAACCAUAACAAAUUGUUUGAUGGCUUGCAACAGUUAAAUACUGACCCAAAUUUAAUUAAAUUGUUGUACAAGGCACAUCCCACCUUGGAUCAUUUCUUACCAUUCGUGGCUGCUUGCGGUGGUAUGUUUCCAAAUGAAUUUGGUGUGGAGUUGUAUAAUGAUCAACAAUUUUCAUUGGGUUGGGGAAUUUACAAAUACGGUGGACCCGAUAACAAUUUAAAAGGCUUGGAACAUGAUGAAUUGUAG